AUGACAUUCGCACCACAUCAGCCAUCACCACUCUCAAGGACACCAUCACUCUUCAAGGAUCCUCGAACACCACCGACUACACCCGGAAAGACGGCAAAGAUUUGGGACGAGUACGAAAAGCAAGCUGUUGAGAACGCAAGGAGAAGAGAGGGGCAAUCGCGAGGAUCGCAACCACAGCGCGCCUCGGCUUCUGACAUACCGCGCAGCUCCGCGACAGUGAUUGCUUCUGCAAGGUCGAGCUUCGACUUCAAGUUCAAGAGUAGACUGUCAGCAUCAUCAUCCUCGACAGUGGCGAUUUGCAAGUCUUGCAAACAGCCCAUCACCUACGCCUCUGGAAUUUGUGAGCUUUGUAAAAAGAGCGUCGUCCUGUCUCCAUCUGGCGAAGCUACGCCGCCACUCAGUCCCCUGUCUCGCAAGCUCCCAUCCGGCAUCACCAACAUAUCCGCCAACGACACCACCAUCCACAUCGCAUUCCCGCGCCUCAACUCUGCCACUCCAUCUGAGCUGAGCAGCUUGUAUCCCCACACAUCGCGCAUCACCAGUGUCGGCACGGGCUAUGGACUACAGCACGCCACUAGCGCAUGGGAUGACUGGGACAGCGACGGCGAAGGCGAGAAGGCGGGUUUAGUAGGGCUAAUGAAGAGCAUUGGCAAGACGAAGAAGAAGGAAAGAGGCGACAGCAUGGAGAGUGCGUCUGCAAGUCUACACUCUGCAAGGGAGGAAGAGAGGAAGAAGAGUCGCGAUACUGCGAGACACAGUGAGGAGAGCGAAGUCAAGGAGGUCAAGAAGAAGAAGAGACCGAGUGGUUUUGUCAGGGCUAUUAGUUGUGGAGCAUGUCGUGAGGACUGA